GGCGGAUUCGCAGACCGGCCGCUGGCGGACACAAGCUGUGCAGGUCUCCGCAAUGCCAGUCGGAUCUUAAGCCGCCCGGUUCACCCCGUGAAAGGUCAAAAGAGCCCUGUUCCCACCUCAGCCACAGACUCUCGGUCCCAAACCGGCAGGAGCAACAACAGCAGACAUCGUUCAGCUGGAGUAAAGCGCGUCCUCCGGUGCAGCGCAGCUAGAAGAGGAGUGCUGUAUCCCAAGAACUGCAGCGCCGCGUGAAGUGUGUUUAGACGGGGAAAAUGUCAUUGUCUGGGAAAGAAAACAACACUACCCCUCAUGCCAAUUACGUGGGACCGUACCGCUUAGAAAAGACCCUCGGGAAGGGACAGACAGGUCUUGUAAAGCUCGGGGUCCACUGUGUCACAUGUCAGAAAGUCGCCAUAAAGAUUGUAAACCGAGAAAAGCUCAGUGAAUCCGUCUUAAUGAAGGUGGAGCGAGAGAUCGCCAUCUUGAAGCUAAUAGAACAUCCACAUGUAUUAAAGUUGCACGACGUCUAUGAAAAUAAGAAAUAUUUGUAUUUGGUUUUAGAGCACGUGUCAGGUGGAGAGCUGUUUGACUAUCUGGUAAAGAAGGGCCGAUUAACACCCAAAGAAGCUCGAAAGUUCUUCAGACAGAUCAUCUCAGCUCUGGACUUCUGCCACAGUCACUCAAUAUGUCACAGGGACCUGAAGCCGGAGAACCUGUUGCUGGAUGAGAAGAAUAACAUCAGGAUAGCAGAUUUCGGCAUGGCAUCCCUGCAGGUGGGAGACAGUCUGCUGGAAACCAGCUGUGGAUCUCCUCAUUACGCGUGUCCUGAAGUCAUCCGGGGAGAGAAGUAUGACGGAAGGAAAGCAGACGUUUGGAGCUGUGGGGUCAUUCUUUUUGCUCUGUUGGUGGGGGCUCUGCCGUUUGACGAUGACAAUUUAAGAAACUUGUUAGAAAAAGUCAAGCUGGGUGUUUUUCACAUGCCCCAUUUUAUCCCACCGGACUGCCAGAACCUUCUGCGAGGAAUGAUCGAGGUCGACGCCGGCAAUCGGUUAACGUUAGAGCUGAUCCAGAAGCACACCUGGUACAUAGGAGGGAAGAACGAGCCGGAGCCGGAGCAGCCGGUGCCCAGGAAGGUGGCGAUCCGCAGCGUCCCGUCAGCCGACGACAUCGACCCGGACGUCCUGGAGAGCAUGCACUCGCUGGGCUGCUUCCGGGACAAGAACAAGCUGAUGAAGGACCUGCUGUCGGACGAUGAGAAUCAGGAAAAGAUGAUCUACUUCCUUCUGCUGGAUCGUAAGGAGAGAUACCCCAGCCAUGAAGACCAGAACCUCCCUCCUCGCAACGAUAUAGAUCCCCCGCGGAAGCGCGUCGACUCACCCAUGCUGAACAGACAUGGGAAGAGGAGGCCGGAGAGGAAGUCUAUGGAGGUGCUGAGCGUUACGGAUGGAGGUUCACCUGUACCAGCACGACGAGCCAUCGACAUGACACAACACGGGCAGAGGUCACGGUCCAUCAGCGGCGCGUCCUCAGGUCUCUCCACCAGCCCUCUCAGCAGCCCACGGGUGACCCCCCACCCCUCUCCAAGGGGCAGCCCUAUCCCCACCCCCAAAGGAACGCCUGUGCACACGCCUAAGGACAGCCCAGCGGGGACGCCGACCCCUACGCCACCCCCCAGCCCCUCCAUCGGGGGAAUGCCCUGGAAGACGCGCCUCAACUCCAUCAAGAACAGCAUCCUGGGCUCACCACGCUUUCACCGCAGGAAACUGCAAGUUCCCACUCAAGAGGAAAUGUCCAGCCUUACACCAGAGUCUUCCCCAGAACUUGCCAAAAAAUCUUGGUUUGGUAACUUCAUCAAUCUGGAGAAAGAGGAGCAGAUCUUCGUGGUUAUUAGGGACAAGCCACUGAGCUCUAUAAAAGCCGACAUCGUCCACGCCUUUCUCUCGAUUCCCAGCCUCAGUCACAGCGUUGUCUCGCAGAUGAGUUUUCGGGCCGAGUACAAAUCCACCGCCGGCCCCACCGUCUUCCAGAAGCCUGUUAAGUUCCAGGUCGACAUCACGUACACCGAGAGCACCGCGGCCACCAAGGAGAAUGGCAUUUAUUCAGUCACCUUCACUCUGCUCUCAGGUCCAAGCCGGCGUUUCAAGCGGGUGGUAGAAACGAUUCAGGCGCAGUUGUUAAGCACACACGACCAGCCGGGAGUCCAGCAGCUGUCUGACGACAAGAACGGUCAGGUGCCUCUUCCACCUGGCACGCCCAACAGACACCCACCUAACGCCUGUCGCCACGACCCUCAGCCUAGUGACUCUAAAUGCCCAGCGGGCAAUCCCAGGGACAAUGCCAAGCUGGUAGCAAACGUUGGGACACAGGAGCAGCCCUAAAACUUUACCAAUCAAGCUUUUCAAACGUACCUACAAAAGAACUCAAAAUGUACAUAAUCUUAGAGGUGAUGGAAUUUUUAUUUGGACAAACUUUUGUAUGAUGGAAUGACUGUUUCAAAACAAAUUCUGACACAAAUCCAGACACAUUUCCCCUUUCACCGUCUCUGCCAUGUCCUUGUGCCAGUCCCCCUCCCGAACCCCUGUCGUUUCUACCCCAAAUAUUUUCUUGUCUUUACAUCUGUCUUCCCGUUUUCCUCACCUUUGUGACGGCUUGUCUUUGCUGCUAGGAAUUAUCCAGAAAAUGUAUUAAAACUCCACCCCCACUUCCCUGCACAUCCUGAGAUGGACAGUUAUUGACAGACGGCACUUUUCAUGAUGAACAAGCAGGUUUCCAAGGAGAUGGACACUUCAUCCUUCAUCAUACUCUUUCCUUCCCGCUCUCCGCUCUCUCCGAGGACUAAAAUACAAACACCCACACUUGUUCCUACUCAACCUGUGUGCUCCCCUGCCAUCAUCUCAGCACACCAACCAGUUAAAAUGGUUGACCAGCCGGUGGGAACCGACUGCAAAAAAAAAACUGGCUCUGUUCCAAAAUGUAGUGAGCUUCCUCUAGGUAUCUCAAUUUGAUUAUGACACCCUUAAUGCAACUCAACAAACUUCAUAAAAAUCCAUUAAAGAUGACAGAGAAAGCACUUAAAUCAAUCUAAUAAAACUGAAUACCUCAGUAUUUGUAUUUUAUGUGUUUUUAUGCACAUUCAAAUUUGGAGCUAUUAGCUUAGCAACAUGCUAAUGGCAAACUCUGCUGAAAUCAAUUAAGAAUCAAGUAUCCAGUGUGCACAGUGUAAGGAAUGCCAUUUGUAUGUCACAUGGAGUUGCUUCCUAUGAAGAGGGAAGUUGUUAAUUUAGCAACAUGCUAAUGGCAAACUUUACUGAAUCUAUUGAGAAUCGAGUUGUUUGAUGUGUGUUACACAGAGUUGCUGUUUCUGAAUUAUGGAAGCUUAUUUUUGCCA